AUGGGCGGAUUUGAAAUGGCAAUGGGCAUGGCAGCGGCAGGCCCGCCACCACCCAACCCACCUGGUUCAGGUUAUAGCAAUGUACCUAUGUCUCGACCUAUCAUCAUCCAAAAUGAGACAGACGAGGAGAAUGCAGAAGACAAGGAAAACCAAGAUAUUGCGGCUUUUGUGCCAGUCUCAACCACUCCAUUUACAUCUGCUGCUCUCACUACUUCCAUUACUGUCGCCCUUCCAGCCAUUGCAGCUUCUACGGCUACUCCAGCAAUUCCCACCGUUCUCAAUUCUGGAGAGAGAAGACCACCCAGGCAACCAUGCAGAGCAGGCACCGACGACCCUGAAAAUUACACUGAUAUCAUCCCAUCCCAAAGUUCAUGGAGCUUUGAUAACCUUCCAGAUAUCCUUUACCGUGGAGUGAGAUUCCGACAGGCGUUCUCCAUUGCAUCUUGGGGUGUCUCGAGCAAACAAACCGACACCGCCAUAGAGAUCAUUCGAGCCAAACUUAUUAAAGCAAAUGUUGAUCUGAGUAAGAACACUACACGCGGUGUUACGCCAGGGUUAAAAUUCCUAGAUCAAGGAGAAACUGGUGGGAGGGUGCCUACUCCCAAACAGUAUGCUAAACGUCCCGAUACGACAAUUCGACGAGGGAUGGCCGCAGCGAACGUAGCACCGCGAAGCAUCGGUCCAGCGCUAGCUCCGGUACUUAGAAUACAAGCACCUACCCCAGCAAUCACCCCUGAGACGAAUGCAACGGCUACUGGAGCCCCAGUUAUCCCCUCCUCAACUGCAACCGCAUCCACAUAUCCGGCAACUCCAGCGAUAUCAACUUUGGCUGGCGGUUUGCCAACCCCAAUCCCCUCACCAACUCCAACUCUGUCUGCCCAGGUACUCGUCAGAGCUGCAACGGAUGCAAUUGCAAACCCUCAAGCUCACUGUUACAUGGCGCCAGUGGUCUCAGAGUCAGGCGAGAUCGGAAGAGCCAGGGCGCCAGACAUGGAUGCAGCCAACGAUAUGUUGGAAAGUGCAAUUGAAAAUAUACUCCAGAGACAUACAAGAAACCCAGAUUUCGAAAAUGCCCUCCGUCAGACAAGUGUAAUGCAAGAGUAUCGCAGUCACUUUACACCAAGACCACCUCAGACACUCACCGAAGCUGGGGCUUAUUUUAGAAGAGCAGAUGCUAUUCGGAGGCAGACAAAUGGUAUUAGAAGCCAUGUGGCAGACACAGAGCCAGCCUUUACCCCAAUGCCACAGCCUCUGCCUGCUUUGAAUUCAGAGCACUAUCUUCUUCGAAGAGUUCAGCGCAUGCCUAUUGGAGGCUCUGCAGCACCUCGAAUUGAAAAGUCUGCGUCUCGCAGGAACUGUCAAAUUCAUCCCUCGCCUGCCCGAAAGCCCAAUCAAUGUAAGAACUUCCGCGAGGCUGUCAGAAAUGUCAAUGUCAACAGAAUCUCUCAAGCCAUUACCAGUGUUCAUGCCAAUAGCAUCGCUCAACCUGCACAGCCAAUGGAAGAUAUCCAAAGCUACGGCGGAAAUCCAGGAGUCGAUGACAUUGAAAUUAUUGAUAUCAGCGACGAUGAAGUUGUUGAACAUCCACCUACAUCUCCAAUUCCCAAGCUCGAAGAGACAGACAAUGCCCAGUACGAAUUAGACGGGCUGGAUCCCGCUACUGUACGCAGUAUCGUGAACAGUACUGAGGCUAGAACUGAAACGGAGUUUCUUCAGCUUUGCGACCGAUUCACCAAUAGCACAAGAAACAAUGUGGCGGACGAGAGCGUGCGCCAAACCGAAGACCUUACCGCCGAGUGCAAUGAUCUGCGAGAACGUGCUCUCCGAAUAGCCGCACAGGAGCUCGAUGACGCUGUGCGGGUUGAAGAUGAUAUCGCAGAGGAGAUAGACGCAACCCCCUCAUUCGAUGAGCUUAUCAACAUAUAUGAACAUGAAGAAGAGGAUGAGCUGGAACAUCCAGGUGCUCAGGAGAUGGGAAAUGCACCAAUUGAAGACCCUUAUGAGCGAAUUGCGGCUGAGAUGCAACUCAUAGCUAGCCAGCAAAUGGACCAAUUUUUGGGAAUGAGCCCGGAACAACAGAACAGAUUUCUAGCUGGAUACCCAGGCGGCGAAUGGGAAUUAUGA